AUGAUUUCUAAUGACAUGGUACUGGGGCUUCUUUUGCUGUUUCAGAUUGGAUUUGGGGCCCUGGGGAACUCCUUCCUCCUGGGCCUGUAUAUCAUCACCUUUUUCCUUGGUCCCAGGCUGAGGACCAUAGACUUGCUUCUCUCCCACUUGGCCUUUGUCAAUGACUUGGUGCUUCUCUCCAAAGGGAUUCCUCAGACAAUGGCUGCUUUUGGGUUCAACAAUUUCUUGGAUGAUGUGGGAUGUAAAUUUGUGUUUUACCUUCACCGAGUGGCCCGGGGCCUUUCUCUCGGCACCACCUGCUUCCUGAGUGGCUUCCAAGCCAUCACUUUAAGUCCUAGAAGCUCCAGGUGGGCAGAGCUCAGAGCCAGAAUCCCAAAGUGCAUCAUCUCAUUCUGUUUCUUGUGCUGGGCUUUUCAUCUGCUGACAAAUUGUUUUAUUUUUUUAUAUUUUAAAGGCCAAAUAGGAAUCGUAAACAUCACUGAAAGACACGAUUUCAUUUAUUGUUUUGCUAUAUCUGAUAUUUCAUUUACUAUUACACUAUAUAUAUUCAUAAUCUCCCUUCCUGAUGUUUUAUGUGUAGGAAUUAUGGUGGGAACCAGUGGCUAUAUGGUUUUUGUCUUGUACAGACACCACCAGAGAGUCCAGUACAUUCAUGGCAAUGAUCUCACACCUGGUAGCUCCCGUGAGAUCAGAGCCACUCAAACCAUACUGCUGUUAGUCAGCAUGUUUGUAUCUUUUUAUUCCUUGAAUUCCAUUUUAGCAUUGUAUAUGCAUUUGAGAAAGCCAACUUCCUGGCUCGUUCACAUCUCUGUCUUCCUAGCUGCCUGCUUUCCAGCUUGUAGCCCCUUUAUCCUAAUUGUCAGUGACUCUCAGGUCCUAAGUACUCUUUGGCUCUGUGGGAUAGAAUAA